CCUUGCACAAUGCCAGGCAACAGGCAAUAGGAACAGGAAAUAAGAACAAGGGAAAUAGGAACAAGGAAUUCCAACAUACCAGAAACCUUGUACCAAUACAGAAUGGACCGUGACACAAGAAAUAAACACAGAAUUUCCAUCACAUUGGAAAUUCUAUGCCUAUUGCUUGUUGCCAACCAAUCACAGCGUUCGAAUUUUUGAGCAAAUAUGUUCGAUCAUUGUGAUUAUUCGAAUCGUUUCAAGAAUACAGAAGAGGAAGAGUGUGAUGAUGGUCUGGACGUAUGAUAUUUAAUCAUCAAAACUCAUUUAACAAAUAUAUAAAAUUUGGUGAUGAAUUAUUAAUAGAUAUGGUUCGUUCUCGUCCAUAUCUUUAUGAUAAAAGUGUAGAGAAUUAUAAGGAUACGACAAUGAAGGAGAAUACAUGGACAGAAAUUGCCACUGCUCUAAACAUUACACUUGCAGAGUGCAAGAAUCGAUGGUUACGUCUCCGGCAACGCUUUAGUAAGGAAAGGCAACUGCGAGAGCAAGAGACAAGAAGUGGAGCCGGAAAGCCUACCAGACAAAAAUGGAUGUUAUAUGAGAGCCUUACUUUCUUGGGAAGGCAUAUAACUCAAAGAAAAAGCUUUUCUAAUAUCAAUUUUACAAAGCUAUCCGAGCCAAGCAAUGUCAGUGGAACAUCGUUGAAAACCCAACAUUCAAUAAUUCUUCAGGAUGACUAUGAAAUGUCCACCAAUGACAAUUCCAAUCACAAGACAUCAACUUCAACAUCUGGCCAGCAGUCACUGCAUACAUCGACGUCGAAAGAAAUAUGCAACACAUUGCCAAACAUGUCGAUUCAUAAAAAUCAGCCUACUGUUUAUUUGGAACAAGAUCAUGAUUCACCCUCGCCGUUGCUACGCCGUACGUCACUUGCAACAACUGAAGAAAUUUCAUUGCCAUCGACAUCUUUCUUGUCCCAAACAUCUGCUUCGGAGACAGAGGGAUCAGUUAAAGUCAGUCCACCAACUUCUUGCUUUUCGGGGAACCAACAAUGAACUUUUAAAAAGCGCAGAUUUGAUCCAGUGGAAACAGCAUUCCAUCAGAUGAACAGCACAUUAAAUACAAUGGUAGCUGAAGUGUGUUCCCGGAGGAAACCGGUAAACGAAAACGAUCCAGAUGUUCUCAUUGGAAAACUCGUCACAGCGGAGCUUCAAAUGACAGCAGAACCACACAAAAGCGAGUUAAAACGAAAAUUUAUGGAGUUGCUAUAUUUUUCUA